AUGCGCAUGCUGCGGCUGCUGCUGCAGGGGGCCCAGAUGGGGGGCGCGGGCGAAGGGUACUGCCCCCUGGAGGCCCCCGAGCGAGGCUUCCUGCUGCUGUCGAGUUGCUGCUGCUGCUGCUGCUCCCCCAGAUUGCCCAAGGGCCUCGGGCUGCUGCCAGUCCCCAGGUAUUUCCCGCUGCCCCUCAGGGCCCUCAAGCCCGUGGGGGGCCCCCUGCCUCUGGUGGAGGUGGUGGGGGACAAGUGGAAACAAGCGCAGGAGCAGCUGCUGCUUGCUGCUCACCAAGGCCCGCUGGAGGCCCUUGCCGAGCAGCUGCAGCGCUGCCAGGAGGAGAGCGCAGCAGCAGCAGAGCGCAGACUGCAGCAAGAGCAGCAGCAGCAGCAGCAGCAGCAGGAAGACGAUGACGAGGACGACCCGUGGGAAGCCACAAGGGAAGUGGAAAGGCAGCGCGAGAGGCUGCUGGAGAAACUUGCUGCCCAGCUUGCUGCAGUGCAGCAACAGGUCACGCAGCAGACGCGGCUGCUGGUAGUGGACGCCUUGCUGCUGCAGCAAGCAGCAGCAGCAGCACCAGAAUGCAAAGGCAGCCUUGGGCCUGACGAGAAUAGGCAGCCCAAUGGGUGGGACGAGGGGCCUCCCGAGGACCCCACAUUCUGCCCGUGGGUGGGGGACCCGCAGCAGCAGCAGCUGCUGCUGCUGCAGCAGCAGCAGCAAAGGCCCUUCCUGCAGCAACUCAGAUUGUCCCUCGCACUUGUGCACUUGCCCUGGACAGAAGAAACCCAAGAGAUAGUUAGGGAGGGCCGGCGGCUGCGGCUGGUGGGCCUCCGAGUAGGGGCGCCCCCGCAGCAGCAGCAGCAGCAGCAGCAGCAGCAGAGGGGCGCAGCAGGCGCUGCUGCUGCUGCUACUGCUGCCGGCAGUGCGGGCAACGCAGCAGCAGCAGCAGCAGCAGCAGCAGCAAGGACCCUCCUCGAGCUCGAGAGCAGGCGCAGGCACAGAGCAGCAGCAGGACAGUAUGUCAGCCUACCCCGUCUAUAUUCCACUGUUCGGUGA